CCAGAAAAUGUCAUCGAAACCCCGUCCAGUUGUUCCUCCAAAACCCGCAAGACUUUCUGUAAAUUCUCAGAAGCGAGACUCGACCUCUUCGGUAACGAGUUUUACAAGUUCGGUAGCAUCUCCAGUUUCAAAGAUACCAUUAUGUUCGUCUCCUCCACCAACUUUUCCGGAAUCGCCUGACGACAGAACACCUAGAGCCUCAGAAAUAUUCACGUAUUCGGAAGGUCGACAAGCCAGAGCUUUAUAUAAUUUCGAAGGUGAAUCUUAUCAAGAGUUGUCGUUCCGUGCCGGAGACGUACUUUAUAUAUUAAAUGAGAAGCUUUCGGAGGGAUGGUCUUUAGCCGAAAAGGAUGGAAUAACAGGUCUCAUUCCAGAAUCAUAUAUCACGUAUACCACAGAAUUUACGGAACUUCCAAAUUGUACACUAUCAGGCACAUUAUCCGAUAGAGAUUCGAUGGACUCCGCUGCGUCUACGCCCGCAAAGAACGGUUCGAUGAGUGAAUCGAUUUACAGUUCUACCUGUGACUCAACAAAUGGGUCGAUACGAGGUAGCAAGAUAAUAGGAAAGAGACAAUUUAAUCGGUUUAGUUGGUUUGUUACUACAGGGGUAGAGGAGUUCAUCCUCAACGGUUGGCAGCCAGAUAAUAGCAUUUCAACGUCACCUGAAAACGGUGAAGAAGUGACAGAAUCCGACAAACAUUUUAUUCAGAGUGGCCCAAGUUGGCAUGCUAAAGCACCGAGUUUUGAAAUUAUGGUACAUAAUCCAGAAAAGAGAGUAAAGCUUGGAGGUGUUCAAGAAUACACGAUCUUCCAUGUUACAUCUGUGUUUUCAGGUGUUCGGGUAACGGUCGAAAGGAGAUAUAGUCAGUUCGAAUGGCUUUACAAGCGACUUGUGUCUAAGUUUGGAUGCUUUGUGUUGCCUCCUCUGCCCGAAAAACAAUAUUCUGGCCGAUUUAAUGAAGAAUUUAUAGAAAAGCGUCGUCGGGCCUUGGAAGUGUUCAUUAAUCGUUUAGCUCGUCACCCAGUAAUUAGAUAUUCUGACCUCUUAACUCAUUUUCUGAAUUGUGAUAAUGAUUCGGAAUGGAAUAAAAGAGAAAAAGAAUUUGAGUCAGACAAGCUCGUCGGUCGAGCAAUUUUUCAGAAUGUUUACCAUCCGGAGUUUAACGUAGAUGACGGGGAUAUUGAAACCAUGGAGAGAUUCGCCGCGCAUGCUCGAGCUAUGGAAAAGUUAAUGCCUUGGAUAAACGAUGCAUCUCAAGCACAUAAGGAUUCUUUGGAAGAAAUGAAACGUCAAUAUCGUCAAGUGAGUUUUGCAUUGCUGAGAUUAAUUACAGGAAAAAGCGUCGGCGAAGGCAAUGAAUGUGUAAAUGAGGAUGGCGCUUGGUGUUGGAAAGACGGAUGCAAUGCUUGUCUCAGUCUUACCAAGGCACUCCAAUAUACAGUUGAAAGCAUGCAAACGAUAGCUGACAUGUAUGAUUCCUAUACGAAGGAAACAGUUAUUCCUUGGAUUGAGAGUUACAAAAUGUAUAGCCAACCAGCUACCGAUUAUGAGCCUUUAAUCGACAUGCACAAUGGGACUUAUAGAAAAUACAAAGAAGUUUCUGAUGAAAACUUGAGCUUAGAACAGUCUGAGGAUUUGCAAAUUGAAACGAUCAGAUCGCGAUGUGACACUGUGUUCAAUGUAACACUCGCGGAAGUUAACAGAAUUCAUGAUGAACGUGUUCGAGAUUUCCAGGGAAGCACCAAGCAAUAUUUAGAUGGGCAGAUUGAAUUCCACGAAAAGGUUCUUGAAGAACUUCGUCAAGCGCGUGCCAAUUUCGAUGAACCACAUUAUUCGGCUCUCUCACAAACGCCACGAACUCCGAGCUUGUACGAGGAUCUCAUCGAUGAACAACGGCCCAUAUUAUCGCGUCCUGUAUCAUCCGUAGGAUCGAUGUCCGAUGUUGUUGGUGGGGUUGUUGGUAGCGUGGAGAGCAUGGGAAAUUUCUUAAAGAAGACAGCCAGAACCUCAAUCGGAAGAAGUUCAUGGUGGGGAGGAAAUUAA